UGUCAAUAUUCGGUAUUAACACCAACUCCUCUCCCGGAAGAAACCCAAAUCACUAUGUGUGGAAGUUGGUAAAUGAAGAUUAACGCUGAUUGAAAUGGCGUCAGUCACGAUACGUGGCUGGGCUCUCUGGACCGUGUCUCUGCUCAACUUUGCGUUUGUUUCCAUAUCCGGUGCAGACUUCAUUCGGUUUAUAUCGUUUCGAGCCAUUUACCACAACAUCACCGGGGAGACGACACUCUGUCAGGACUCCAUACCGUGGUCGGUGGCUCUGCAGGACAGCUCUGUCCUUGGGUCUCUUGUUGUGGAUUUGGGGCUGCUGGCUUUCUUCAUCACACAGCACAGUCUGCUGGCCUGGUCACCUGUAAAACAGGCCCUCCAGUCAGUGCUGGGGGCCCUGAACAGGACAGCAUACUGCUUCACCACAGUGCUGGCACUCCAGAUCUUGAUGCGUUACUGGCAGCCUGUGACUGGCGCCCCCUGUCUGUGGUCAGUGCGUCAUGCACCCUGGAGUAUCUGGUUCCCUCUGCUCUGCUUCAGUCUGCACUUCCUCUGCUGGGCAAUCAUCUGCAGCAUCCUCAUGAUCUUUGACUACCCUGAACUGCUGGGCAUCAAGCAGGUGUAUUACAGUUGUCUCGGUUUAGGGGACCCCCUGUCCCAUAAGUCACCUGGUGCUCAGCGCCUCCUGUCUCACCUCCGCCACCCAGUGUGCGUGGAGCUGGGCGUGGUGCUGUGGCUUCUGCCAGCGUUAUCCCUGGACAGGCUCCUGCUGGCGGCGACGCUGUCAACCUAUCUGGCCCUGGCACACUCUCUGGACAAACAGGAUGUAAGCUACCUCUGCGUCCAGCUUAACAGCAAGCUGCAGCUCUUUGCCGAGCUGCACCAUGGCAGCUCUGUCGCCAGCGACCACAAGGACAGGUGAAGCGAAGGUGCUCUUACUGCUGCGAUGUGAAACUGGCUGCUGUUUUACAAUUAUUAGAAACUGAGUUCUCAAAAAGCCGGGUUAUCUGCUGCGCUAAAUAAUAAUGACACUGCUUGACACUAAUACUUUUUUUUUAAUGUUCUCUUUUCACUGUGUAUGAGAUUUUAUGAAGGAGAUUUUAUUCCUACAUUUGAUAACACAAUUAUUAUUUUUUAUUUUUGAGAAUAUUUCUAUAUAUUCUGAUUAAAUGUAGGAACAAAUUCUCAAAUAUAUGGAG